CUCUACCUAUUGCCUGCUUGUCCGCCCACCACCCACCCACCCAUUUUCAACUCCGACGCCAAUUGAAACCAUGGCCAAGGCCCUCUCCAAGGAGGAGCUGCUCGCCCAGUUCGACGACCUGGGCGAUGACGACGCUCCCCAAACAACCGCCGCACCUCCUCCCGCCGCUGCACCAUCCACCACCGCCGCCGCCGACACCGAAGACGACCCCGUCGCCGAGCUGGCCGCCCUGGCUCAGGCCCGUCCCAGUCGCCCCAACACUCCCAAGGUCUCGUCGUCGUCGGGCGCCAGCAACAACCGCUCGCCGGGCCGCGCCACACCCUCGUCGACGGCCUCGGCCCGCACCAGCGAGGACAAGGGCCCCAGGCAGCACAACCUGCCGCGCCGCUCGGGCGAGAGCUCGCGCCCCUUCCACCAGAGCUUCACCCCCGCCAACGAGCCCGUGCCCGAGAAGGAGCCCGAGCCCGCUGCUAGCGGCGGAGGCAACUGGUCGUGGGGCAGCUGGGGCAGCUCCAUCAUCGGCACCGCGUCCGCCGCGGUUCAGCAGGCGCAGCAGCGCGCCGAGGCCGCUGUCAAGGAGAUUCAGAAGAACGAGGAGGCGCAGCGCUGGGCCGAGCAGGUCAAGGGCAACGUGGGCGUGCUGCGCUCUUACGGCGACGAACUGCGCUCCCGCGCCCUCCCCACCUUCACGUCGCUACUGCACACGCUCGCGCCGCCCAUCUCGCAGCACGAGCGCCUCCAGAUCCACAUCACGCACGACCUGCACAACUACCCAUCACUAGACCCGACCAUCUACGCCGUCUUCCAGCGCGUAAUGUCGCAAGUCGAAGGCGGCGACCUGCUCGUAAUCCAGCGGGGCUCCGAGUCGCAGCAGCGCCGCGCAAGCGACGCGUCCGGCGCCGGCGGGGCCACCGCCUCGUCGACCGCCAACACGGCCGCCUGGUCCGACGGGCCCUGGUGGCGCGACGUGGCCGGCAAGCGCGACGUCGGCGCCGUCAAGGGCCUGGUCGAGGGGACGAAACUCUGCCGCGCGAGCGCCGAGAGCUACGCGCACGACUUCUUCGCCUCGCGGGGUGGGAUCGAACACGCGGCCGAGCGCGCCACCCAGGCCCUCGACGAGUCGAACCCCGUGCGCAGCUCGGACAUCUUCCUCGCGCUGCAGGCCGUCGCGCACAGCGGCGGCGCAGACGAAGGCUUUUUCGGCGGCGCGGGCGCGGCUGCCGCCGCCGCUGCUUCUUCUGCCCCCGCGGGCUCCACGGCCGUCGAAGAGCCCGCCGACGCUGACGCCGCCCCCGACGCCCUCGUCUGCUUCGCCGUCUUCCUGCACGACCCCGUGCACAGCAUCUCGUUCCACGCGCUCUCGCAAUCGGUGCCCCGUCAAUGGAUCGACUGGCUCGACGCGUCGGCCGACGAGGGCGCGGGCCUCCCCGCCGCCAUCGCGGCCAUUGUCGAUGCCGGCGGCGUCGAUCCCCGCGAAUGGGUCGCCGAGUGGCUUGAAGAGGCGCUGAGUUUGGCGGUUGGUGUUGUUGCGCAGAGGUAUGUGGCUAGGCGGAUGGGGGUCGGGGAGGGGGGGAUCGGACGCGGGAAGGCUAGGGCACGGGAGAGGGUCGAGGAGAGUGGCGGUGGCGAGGUGGCGAGGGCGAUUUAGGCUUAGGUUUGAAGAGGGGGUUUUUGAUUGAGUGAGUGAGUGAGUGAGUGGGGUUGGGGGUUUGAGGGCUGGGAGGGAGGGAGAUGGCUACAUACGCUGGUAUUGCAGCGCGAUGCGAUGAGUUGAG